CUUCUAAAAAGAAAUGACCGGAAGUCUCGAUACGCAUGCGCAGCAGCAAGCGACAUGAAGCCGUCCGCCAUGGCUGAGACCCACAGCCUUCAGGACCUGCGGCAGCCGGCCGUCUCCUCCAAGGUGUUCGUGCAGAGGGACUACGGCUCAGGGACCAUCUCCAGGUUCCAGACCAAGUUCCCCUCGGAGCUCGAGUCCAGGCUGGAUAAGCAGCAGUUUGAUGAAACCAUCCAGACCCUCAACAACUUGUACGCAGAGGCGGAGAAACUGGGGGGGAAGUCUUAUCUGGAGGGCUGCCUGGCUUGUCUCACGGCCUACACCAUAUUCCUCUGUAUGGAAACACACUAUGAAAAGGUGUUGAAGAAGAUUUCUCGGUACAUUAAGGACCAGAACGAGAAGAUCUAUGCUCCCCGGGGUCUGCUGCUGACCGACCCCAUCGAGAGAGGCCUGCGAGUCGUUGAAAUUACCAUCUAUGAAGACAGAAGUAUUGGCUCUGGCAGAUAAAGCACCGUGGGCUGAAGACCCUGACCAGAUACUAAUCAUCUGUCUGGCAGCACACGUUCAGAUGUCCGCUUCGCCUGAAUGGAUUUACAUACUUUAGAUCUAAUUCUACUCUCUGUAUUAUUUAUAAGUACUCAACUGUCUGCCUAUCGUAUAUGUUUAUAAAUGUGAUUCCAUGUCUUUAUAUACAUGCAGUGAUGUAUAAAUCAUGUCCCAGUUGAUCAUGGCAGGUCUUUAUGAACAGUGCCAUUGUGUUAAAUGCCACUUGUUGACCAUGGUAAAUAUGAGUGAUUUCACUUGUGUAUGUUUUUGCAAAUAAUAAUAUAAAGUCAAAUGAUGUACGUAGAGUUGUUGGCAUGUCUGUGAACUGUAAUCCUGUUAUGGGCUCCACAGUGUUAACAUGCUGGCUGUAGCCUUUUUUAAGGCAAAUGUUUUCUUAUCGGUGCAUAAAUGUGACUUAAUUUUUUUGCGGGGAUCAUGUCUUGAGAAAUAUGCACGUGGAAGUUCUGAGCUGGAUUUUUGUGACAGACGGAGCAUGUACCCUGUUAGUACGUCACCAUGGAACAGCCUGGUCCACCCGCGUCAGAGCGCAACCUCACUGAAGCUCCCAAAUCAUAUCCCACUCCUGUUUCUCAUGAGAUCCACCAUCUAUAUUGCGAAUGUCAUCUCCUUGUUUGUGAUCCCCAAACACCACAGAAACCUUAAACUCUCAACACCACAGAUGAUUGCUGUUGUUGGCGUUUGAUGCAGCUGGUUUUCUUUUCUUACCAAUAUUGUUCUGUUUUAUCUAAAUAAAUAAAUAGUCCUUUUCUGCCUGAAA